GAUUGCGACAGGAUGGUCGUCGUGCCAAUGAAUUAAGAAAAAUUAAGUGUAAGCCUUCUGUGUUAAGCCAAGCUGAUGGAUCAGCUUAUAUCGAACAAGGAAAUACAAAGUGCUUGGCAGCUGUCUAUGGACCAAGAGAGACUAGACAAAAGGCUCAAGUAAUACAUAAUAAAGCCAAUAUCAAUGUGGAAAUUAGCUUGGCACCUUUUAGCAUGCCCCAAGAACGAAAAAAGAGAUCGAAAUCUGACAGAUCUCAGAUUGAUAUAUAUUUACAAAUCUUGCAAUUUGAUGGAGGUACUAUUCAGAUCUGUAUUAAUGCCGCUACGUUAGCUUUGAUCGACGCUGGUAUACCUAUGCAGGAAUAUGUUUGUGCUUGUUCAGCGGGAUGUCAUGAAAAUCAUGUAUUGUUGGACCUCAACAACGCUGAAGAAAUGGCUGAUACACCGGAAUUAACUGUUGCAUUACUACCUAAGUCUGGAAAGUUUACGCUCCUUCAGAUGGAUUCACGUCUCCAUGUUGAUAAAUUGGAGCCAGUGAUGAAUUUGGCUGCAUUAGGUUGUAAGGAUAUUUACGAGAUCUUGGAUGAAACUGUUCGCGAAUAUGUAAAGGAUCUGCUUCACAAAUCUUCACCUUAUUGA